AUGGCUGCGCCCAGUCUGAGGCCGGGCAUUCACAGGCUCUUGAAGAUUACGCCUGCGCUGGGGUGGGCGAACCGAGUUUAUAGUACUUCUCAGGACUUUGCGGAGGUGCUACGGCUGCCGGGGAAGCUGCUCACGAAGCUUGUGUUCCCUCUACAGGAACUCGAGCGGCAUCUCGUCACGGGCUGGAAGUCGGAUCUUCACCUGAAGAUUUUCGACCCGAGCCUCGAAGACAUCGCCAGAGCAGAGAGCUUCUUCACCGCUUCAGCCAGAAACCGCAUAGCGUACCUCAGCUCAGCAGAGCGUCUCGACCAUGCCCCGGAUCCUCAACUCCCAGAGGUAUGUUUUAUAGGCAGAAGCAAUGUUGGAAAAUCCUCCUUAAUAAAGGCUUUAUUUUCACUGGCCCCAGAGGUUGAAGUCAGAAUCUCCAAAAAACCGGGACACACAAAGAAAAUGAAUUUUUUCAAAGUUGGAAAAUACUUUACAUUGGUGGACAUGCCAGGUUAUGGCUAUAGAGCACCUGAAGAUUUUGUUGACAUGGUAGAGACAUAUCUAAAAGAACGAAGGAAUUUGGUGAGAACUUUUUUGUUAGUGGAUAGUGUUGUUGGAAUUCAGAAGACAGACAAUAUUGCCAUAGAAAUGUGUGAAGAAUUUGCAUUACCUUAUGUGAUGGUAUUAACAAAAAUUGACAAAUCUUCCAAGGGACAUCUUUUAAAACAAGUGCUUCAGAUCCAAAAAUUUGUUGACACUAAAACACAAGGAUGUUUUCCUCAAUUGUUUCCUGUAAGUGCUGUGACCUAUUCUGGGAUCCACCUGUUAAAAUGUUUUAUAGCAAACAUAACAGGAAAUCUCAAGACUAAUAACUUCCAGAGUCAGAAAUCUUCUUGCCAAUUGCCAAACACCUAGAAUUUCAACAUUGCUUAAAAUGUGCUGUACCUAAAACUUGCAUUAGACUCACUUAAGCUUUAAAACCUACAUCCUCGCAAAACAAGAAUGAAUUUGUGCCGAAGGGAGGAAAAGGUUUAAAAAUGAUACGAUUUUGUUGAUCAUUAGAACAGAUACUAGAAACUAGUUUUUCCUGUUUUAACAAACUGACAAGAGCAUAUGGAGCUCACAAAAUGAAAAUGAUUUACUACAAUAUAGAAAAGUCUGUUGUUAUUAUUGGAUUUUUUUUCUUUUGUAUUCUAAAGAAAAUGCCUAUUGCGUAUAUAUUUUUAAAUAUUAAAAUGAACUAAGUAAAACGGGGGUCUCUUGUUAAGCACUGAUAGGCAGGUUGAAUAUUCCUAUUUGUUCCUAUAGUUUAUCUUUUUUCUGAGCUCUUUAUUCAGUGAGUCACUUUCAGGUAAGCAGUAUUCAGAAUCAGAAGAAUCGAUAUUAGAAGUUCCAAUUCUAACAUUGUAUGUUGGACUUUGGGGAAAUCACUAGAUUUCUUUUGACCUUUAAUUAUAACUCUAGCCUCCAAAGCAGUAAAGAUUAUAAUGAUAUAAAUAAAAAGACAUAUAUAUAUAUUUGUAAAACAAAGCCAACAGCCAAAUUCACAGAAAUUUACCAUAGAAAAUAUUGUCAUGGAAGUAACAUUUUGUGAAAGACCAAAAACUAGUUUUGAAAGUGAGAAAACAGUUAAGAAAUGAAGUUUAGAAUUGGGCAGUUUAGAAUUGCUAUCUUAAGAUUCAGAAUGGGAACAUAAAUUGUCAUUUUGAAUUAAAGUUAAUAGAAAGAUUUUUAUGAAGAUGCUAUUAACUUAUUCAUGUAAGUGACUUAGCUUUUCAAAGUAAGGCAGAAUAAUGAAAGGAUAUAGCAAUGACCAUGGAUAGAAAAUUAAAACUA